AUGGGAAAGCUUUUUAAUAUAUCAUUGGCGGUAUUUGCAGCCACUGGAUCGUUCCUUUUUGGUUACGAUGCAGGUGUUAUGACAGAUGUAAUAGCCUCCCAGAACUUCCUCACCUUCUUCAACACCACGCAAGAUUCUGCCAUUAUCGGUGCCAUCAACUCGACUUUCAAUGGCGGUGCUGUGUUCGGUGCCCUUCAGGGUGGUCUUACUAUGGAUCGAUAUGGUCGAAAGAUCACCAUUCUCAUCGGCGCAUUGAUCUGUCUCGUUGGAGCGAUAUUACAAACUGCUGCGCAGAACCUGGGAAUGAUUCUCGUGGGUCGUAUCUUCACAGGAUGGGCGGUCGGUUUACUGAGUAUGGCUGUACCGGUCUACAAUGCCGAGUGUGCGGAUCCAAAAAUUAGAGGAUUGAUUGUAGGGUUGAGUCAACAGAUGAUUGGAGUGGGCUUUAUCGUAUCAACUUGGGUAGGGUAUGGCUGCGGUGUUGCAUCCGAUGCUAGCGCAAUUCAAUGGCGAGUUCCACUCGCUGUACAAAUGAUUCCUUGCGUUAUCCUCGCAUCCGGUAUUAUGUUCUUUCCCGAAUCACCUCGUCAUCUCAUGGAAACCGAUCGUGAAGACGAAGCAUUGAGAAUUUUGAGAAAGCUACAUUUCACGGGCUCAAACGAUGAAUUCAUCGUGAAGGAGUUUAAUGAAAUCAAGCAAACAAUUGCGGCCGAAAAGGCAAUUACGGUACCGGGAUGGAGGAUCAUGUUUACAGUACCACAAUGGCGAACCAGAUUAGGUCAUGGAGUCGCGGUUCAGAUGUUUACUCAGUUCACUGGAAUCAAUGUUAUCGGGUACUACCAAAAUAUCAUGUACAAGUCAUUGGGAAUUACCGGGAGAAAAGCUUUACUCGUCUCAGGAAUCUAUAACUGCAUGGGACCUUUGGCCAAUCUCGUCUUCAUCACCUUCCUAAUCGACCGAGUCGGGCGCCGCAAGCCUCUCCUCUGGGGAACCGUCGGCAUCACUCUCGCCCUUGUCUGCCAAUCCAUAAUCAACAGCCGCAUUGAUCCAGAAAAUGCACAACAUGGACUUUCUAUCGCCGGUGUCUUUUUUAUCUUCUGCGUGACGGUUAUUUUUUCGCUAUCAUGGGGCCCUAUCUCCUGGGUCUACAUGUCCGAAGUAAUGCCCAUGCAAAUCCGUGCUCGUGGAAAUGCUUUUGCGACUGGAAUUGGAAAUUGGCUUGUCGCUACUUUCUGGGCGCAGAUCUCUCCCCAAGCAUUGAGUGCCUUGACGUGGAAAUUUUAUUUCUUGUUUGCCGCAUGGAAUGUAGUAAUAACCAUCCCCAUCGUCUUCCUCUUCUUCAAAGAAACCAAACAACUCUCCCUCGAAGAAAUCGAUCUUCUCUUCGGCGAACGUGCACUGGGUACCCUACCCGACGAUAUCUCAAAGAGAAUCGAGCAUCCAGGUGCUGUUGAGACUGAGCAUUACGAAAUGCAUGCUAAAGCUCAAGACCAGGUUUAG